GUGUGUUUCUUUUCUAUACAGUAGUACAGCGUCCAUCAUGGAGCCACUUCUGUUUCCACGUGAGUCUGGGCAGUUCAUAGCAGAGCGGAGUCGGGAUGUGUUCGUCGAAGAGGAAGGAGUGCAGAAGGGGGCAGAGAUGCUCUACAGACUCCGACACAGUGAAGAUCUGACCGCCAGUGGCUGGAAGAAGGCGAAUCCUUUAGCUCCAGAACUGACGUCUGACCAGGCCUUGAACUGGGUGUUUGUGGUAGACACCAUGAACUUCUCAUUUUGGCCCGAGGAAGAAACUCAACAAUGUGAGGUGACCUAUAAAGGGACCACGUACACGGGCUACAUGACCCUGUGUGCGGCCAUAAUCAGGGCCAUGGACGAAGGUAUACCCAUCACUGAUCCGAAGUACUUCUCUCAGAUGAGCCUGGAGGAGUUGGGACAUGUCCUUCGAUCAGACAAUGAAACACCUAUGCCCAUGCUUCAGGAGCGCCACCAGGUGCUCACUGAAGGCGGCUGCGUGCUGCAGGAACAUGGCGGAAGCUUCCGGAGUUUUAUCAGCCAGGCCGGUAACAACGCCCAUAAGAUGGUGGAGUUCAUCGUGGAGAAGAUCCCUUCCUAUAGGGACGAAGCUACAUAUGAGGGGAGGAAAAUCUCGUUCUUCAAGCGAGCCCAGAUCCUUGUGGCAGAUUUCUGGGGCAUCAUGGAGGCCAGAGGAGAGGGUGACAUCAUUGACAUGGACUGGCUCACCAUGUUUGCAGACUACAGGGUCCCUCAGGCCCUUGUUUACCUUGGAGCACUACGAUACUCUGACGCACUGAUGCAGGUGCUGAACAACGGUGAGCUGCUGAGUUCAGGGGACAGGAGAGAGGUGGAGAUCCGAGGUUGUUCGAUUUGGGCUGUGGAGCUGAUCAGAGACCGCCUUUGCAAGCUGGUGCACGAGAGAGAUGGACAGACCUGCAACAUCAACUCCGCAGUCAUUGACUUCUACCUGUGGCCUUAUGCUAAGCAGCACCACAAAGAGAUGGCCCACAUUCCAAUACACCACACAAGAUGUAUUUACUAUUGACAAGGUGGCUGGCACCAUUACAUACCACUGUAUGUAAUGGUGACAGCCACCUCGUCCACUUCCCAGUGUGCAGCCUUGGCACCGGUACAGGUGCCUUUCCCUGGGAUAACGCCAAUCAUGUCUCUCUGCCAAAUACAUGUACAAAUGGGCUUUUCUCUAGCUGUAAUAGAAACAGGUGUCAGGCUUUAAUGUAGUCUGUUGGUUUAAGUGGGUAGUAACACUGUUCAUUGGCAGUCAAUUAAAAUGUUUACUGUUGAUGUGGAACAUUUUCUAUCAAACAUCUCGCUGUAAUGAAGACAAAGUGAUCACUUCGGUAUUUGAGCAUACAAUGAUGGACACAUUGGUGUAUCUGCAGCGGCUUAACCUUGUGAACUGACACUCAGCAAACAAUAAAAAUAAAAUUAUUU